GAGACAUGGCCGGAGGGCACGCUGCUCUCUGAUCUCCAUCCAAGAUGCCUCAGAGACAUCCUUGGGACGACCUGGAAGAUCAUUAACUUGUUAAGCGCGACAUCUAGCGGUUCGUGAGACACUCCUGAACACUACCGGGUGGAGCCAAAGACGCCACAUGCAGCUGGGCGGGUGGACUCUUUUUGUUUGGGAGUAGGCCUACUGCACACCUCCAUGCGUGUGUCCUUUCAGCGGGAUCAUUUGUCAGUUUCAUGAAGGGAAAAACAAAACUAAAGCUGUUUGUGGCUGACUUAAAAGUAUUUUUUUAACCCUUUGGUGCUAACAAAGAUGAUUCUGGCCAUAUUAAAAGACAUUGGGAAGCAGCUCCUUCGGGUGAAGGUCGUAGACUGCAGCACAGACGAGUCCCGGCUGUUCCGAUGCCUCAACACAUUUGACCUGGUGGCCCUUGGUGUCGGGAGCACACUGGGCGCCGGUGUCUACGUGCUCGCUGGUAGUGUGGCUCGUGACAGCUCUGGACCUGCCAUCGUCCUCUCAUUUCUCAUCGCUGCCCUGGCAUCUGUCUUAGCCGGUCUGUGCUACGCCGAGUUUGGAGCUCGUGUCCCUAGAACCGGAUCAGCUUACCUCUACAGCUAUGUGACAGUGGGAGAAGUGUUGGCUUUUAUUACUGGCUGGAACCUCAUUCUCUCCUAUGUCAUUGGAACUUCAAGUGUGGCGAGGGCAUGGAGCGCAACCUUCAAUGAGCUGACUGGAAAGCACAUUGAGAGUUUUUGCAAACAACACUUCAAUAUGAAUGCACCAGGAGUCCUGGCAGAGUAUCCAGACAUCUUUGCUGUCUUCAUCAUACUCCUUCUGACAGGACAGCUUGCUUUUGGAGUGAAAGAAUCAGCCAUGGUCUCUAAAAUAUUCACUUGCAUCAAUGGGCUUGUCCUGGUGUUUGUGAUCAUUUCUGGAUUGGUCAAAGGAAGCCUAAAAAACUGGAGCCUGGACCCUCAAGAGAUCCUUAACAUUACAGAAAACACCAGCCAUAAUAUCUCAUUUCCCUUCCCUAAAAAGGAAACUAUUGGUAAUGGUGGCUUCAUACCUUUCGGGUGGAAAGGAGUCCUUUCCGGUGCCGCCACCUGUUUUUAUGCCUUUGUGGGGUUUGAUUGCAUUGCUACUACAGGAGAGGAGGUGAAGAAUCCCCAGAGGGCUAUUCCCAUCGGGAUCGUGGCCUCUCUUCUCAUCUGUUUUGUGGCUUACUUCGGUGUUUCAGCGGCUCUCACUGUUAUGAUGCCAUACUACAUGCUGGACAAGAACAGCCCUCUUCCAGUGGCCUUUAAGUAUGUAGGCUGGGAGGGAGCCACUUAUGCAGUAGCCAUUGGCUCUUUAUGUGCUCUGUCGACCAGUUUGCUGGGCUCCAUGUUCCCAAUGCCAAGAGUGAUCUGGGCCAUGGCAGAAGAUGGCCUGCUCUUCAAAUGUUUGGCUAAAAUCAGCACGCGAACCAAAACCCCUCUAACAGCUACAGUAACAUCAGGCAUAGUGGCAGCUUUGAUGGCUUUACUGUUUGACUUGAAGGACCUGGUUGACCUCAUGUCUAUUGGCACUUUGCUAGCCUAUACCCUGGUUGCAGCCUGUGUGUUGGUGCUCAGGUACCAGCCUGAGCAACUGAAUGUGGCCUAUGAAAUGGCCAACACCCAGGACGAUGCGGACGUUUCCGGGUCUUACAGCGAAGGGAACUCUGACAUCUCACCUCAAUCAGAGGAUACGGCCAGCAUCAAGAGUCUCCUGUUUCCCUCCAACCCUGAGCCAUCUCCUAUGUCUGGUCGUAUCGUCAACAUCUGCACCAGCAUCUUUGGUGUUUUGGUGUGUGUUUUCAGUGUUAUUGCUGUUCAUGGAGGAAUGGCUCCCUGGUCUUUGUCUCUGCUGAGCAUUAUCAUGGUGGUUUGUUUACUUCUCACCGUUGUUAUAUUUAGGCAGCCUCAGAGCAAAGCCAAGCUGGCCUUUAAGGUUCCCUUGUUGCCCUUCAUUCCCCUCAUCAGCAUUUUUGUCAAUGUCUACCUGAUGAUGCAGCUCGAUAAGAGAACCUGGAUGCGCUUUACCAUUUGGAUGAUCAUAGGUUUCUUUAUCUACUUCGGUUAUGGGAUUCGGAACAGUGCAGAAGCAGCUUCGACCAGGUCUGAUGCCUUCACGCCUGCCUGCUCAAUAAAAGGAGAGCCAAUGACCACAGAGAAGGAGUCCUUCCCGCACAACACACAGAGCUGCACGCCAGACGGUGACGACUGAUGAGGAAAUGGGAGGGUUUUACUACUUUCUGAAAUAGCUGCAAAAAUCCAUGCCGCCAUCCUUUUAUGUCUGUUUUUAAACUUUGCAAUUUCACAAUUGACAGUAUACUAAAAUGACAAACACUUUUGGUGAAAUAUUUUACGUGCUGAGUUAGUUAUGGCUCACAGACAUGGAGUUGAAUGUUUCAAUGUUUUUGUUUACUGUGAAUUAUAGAAAUUAUAGACAGAGCUGUCAUUCAUCCACUCAGUUCUCUGUUAGAAAACCUAACACACGUUAGGUGUUGUGCCAUGCAGCUUUUUGCGUUUUUAAAAAGUAUUUUGUUAUUGAAGAACAUCACUACUUUGUGCAUUAAUUUUACGUCUCAGAUAUGCAUUAUUCUGCUUUGGAUGGUCUGGUCUAUUCAAAGCAGUUAACACAUUAAUGAAUUUGUCUUUCAGCUGAUCUAUGACACAGGUUUGUUGGAUAUAAAGAACACGUGUUGUUUUCAUAAGGGGAAAUUGCACAUUUUCCCCGAAACUAGCAAAGCUGCUAGUAUGGAGUUUUUAACAAAUACUUGAGAGGAUUUAUUUUAAGUGCCUAUUUCCCAAAAGAAUGUUACACCCUUAAAGAUAAGAUUCUCCAGAACUUUGAUAUUUUUAAUCUGGUAAAAAUGUGGUUUAUUGUCUCCAUGUAAAGUACGUUUUAAAUUAUAAAGGUCUGCUUUUAUGGAAUAUGGGGAAUUUCACAUUUGUGGACCAUUUUCACGUUUUUUGUGCACAUGUGUUUAGACAUGAAGAGCAGUUUGAAUAUUGUACGAUUGUGGUGAAAACUAGCUUGGUUUGUUUUCUCAAAUGCAUUGUACCAACUAACAGUUACAGAUGUCCCUACAAAGACUCUUCAUCCCCGAUACAGGCCCGAGUCGAGUAUUGCCAUCAGACCAGUCCGAUACUUCAUUAAAAUCGAUGCCAUGUAUAUGCUUGCAAAUUUAACAUCUUUACAUUGCAGCAAAACAUCAGUAAUACAUUGUUUACAUUAGAACAGUGAAUGUGUACAUUUAACUCACCCACCAAUGAUGUCCAGGACAUUGUAUUAUAUCUGUUAUGUUUGAGAGCAACCAAUAUUAUGACCCUACAGGAAUGUUUUCAGGUCAGUCUUACAUUUCUAAAGGAAUAUAUGGCUCGACACAGACAGCCACAAACUUUUGUAAACUUACACCUUUCUCCUGCUGACUGUUUUCAUGCUGAACAGUUUGCUAAAAUGCUAAGCUAAUAUUAGCAUUGCAAAAUUGAAUGACUGUUUCAGCUGUUUUCUUCUCUCUCGCACCACCAGCUGUCUGUGUACAGCACAGAGAACAGGUUAUCGGAUAAGAACAGGCUGAAAAGCUACACGGCCCAGUACUGUCUCUACUCUCUUUCAAGCUUAAUUGCAUUGCAAAGGAUGAUAAACGCUUCAAUUGUAAGGGAAGAACAUAGUUUUGCAGGCUGUGCAUAAAAAUCUGCUGUGCUUUUUAACAACUGGCUGUGGAAGUAUUGGCUGCAUUUCAACUAACAUAAACUCAACGACUGUAAACCCAUAACAGGUAUCAGGAGUUUAAUUUAGUUAGGGAGUGUGUGAGUGUGUAAAGAUCCACCAGGCAGCUCAAACUUAAAUGUUAAAUGUCAAAAUGUGUAUUUGAAAUAUGUCCUUUUGAAAAUUUUUGUUUGAAAUUCCUACCAUGGAUUCACCCGUAAACAUGGGUUACAAUUUUAGGUUCUUAUGUUCCGUUAAGUUGUCUCUCUGACUUGAGCUAAGUUCUAGUAAAAUUAAAUGGUUCCAUGUCAGACAUUGCUCUAUUUAUUGACAUAGUGUGUUGAUUCUGUACUGGCUUUCAUGUAAGAUAAUAAACUUUGUAAAUCAAAUGUGUUGUAAAUACCAAUAACAAUUUACAGACAUGUGCCAAAAUUCCAGAAGUUAGGUUGGCUUGCGAAUAGUUUUCUUUUCUCUAUAAAUGCAGCUUUGACCAUGCAGACAGUGUCAAAUAUGUGACAAAUUGACAGUAAGCAGGGUGCCUUUUAGCAUGGAUCUAUUGAUAUGUGUCAAAUUAUGAAGCCAGACUUCAUGCCUAGCAAGUAAAAGUGCAUUAAUCUACAUUUCUUUAUGGGAUUGUCUUUUUCAUUGAAGCAUUAUGAUAAAUAUCCAAACGUCUAGUUUUUUUUAUUUGAGCUGCUGUUUUAUCUGUUGUUUGUUUGGUUGGUUCUGUAAAUAAAUACUGGUGAAUGUUAAAACCUAAA